CUUGAUAAUGAUUGUCAUAGCUUUUCAUUUAAAUUGUCUUCAUUACUUGUUCUCAUCAAUGAAGAUUGUUAUUGAACUUUACACUAGAAUCUGAUAUAUCAGUAAACAACACACAAUCAUACAAACUAGGAAACCAGUGCCAUCAAGUCUGUGAACUUGUAUUAUUAAAAAAAAACUCGAUCACGCGUCACACCGAUCCAUCACAUAAUUUAUGAGUGUCAGUUUGUAGGUGAAGUUCGCGGUUCCGCGCCGCGGCGUGCGGCAGGAGUGGUGGCACUCGUUUCAUAGUAUAUAAGCGCGGAGAAAUGCUCUCACCGCAUCCACUCAUCCGUGUCCUCUCCACUGAUCUAAACAUGGCGGCUAAGUUCGUUGUAGCUGUGGCGGUGCUCGCCGUCUGCCACUCCAGUCCCGUCCUUAUAAACGAUGUACAUCGUGACGGACGAUCCUACUCCAUCGGUCAGGCGUACAACACCGGCAGCGGUGUGAGCACAGCUCAAGCUAAUGUACACGGAGACGUCGCCCAGGCCUUCGGAAGCUCCACUGGAGGCGCGCAGCUAGCCCGCGACGGAUUCUACUACCCCGGACAAUCGGUCGCCCAGGCGCAGACCUACAACAACCCCGCAAACCCCGGCUACGGCUUAUCAAACGCCGUCGCUCAAGCGCAGAACGGCCCUUACUACCCAGUGCCCGCACCCGCAACUCUUAUCACUUAUGAACAGAACUUCGCUGAACCUGCCGUAGUAGCUUACGAGGUCCCCAACGCCCUCACCGCACAGUCCUCCGCUGUCAGCAACGGUGUCUCUGACUCCUCUGUAGCAUCCGCUAACUCCAACGGCGCCGGUGUCGCUGAGUCUACCGCCAACACCCAGAGAGGUGCCGGCAGCUAUGGCUCCACCUCAUCCAACGCUAAGACUUACGGCUCUGGUUUCGGAUCUGCCAACUCUAACGCCAACUCCGGAUACGGUUCUACCAGCACUUCGGCCAAGUCCAGCGGUCAGGGCUCCGCCUCGUCCGCUGCUCAGUCUAACGGUGUCGCUUACCCUGUCGUCGCUCCCGUCGCUGUUGUGCCCGCAAGUCAGGUGUAUCCAGCCGUCAUUGAAGCUAAGACCCCCGUCUUCCACACCGCUUACGUCCCAUUCCCAGUUCAAGAAGUAGCCUCCUCAAACGCGAACGUGAUCGGCUCUGGAAGUGCUGCCUCCUCCGCCAAGGUGUCUCGUGGCAGGACCAUCUCCUGGCGUUUCGGCACCCUGUACGACGCCCCCGCCGCCGCCCAUGCUCAGGCCAACACUUACUCCGGAUUCGGCGCCGCCAAGUCUGCCGCCAACACUCACGGCUACGGCUCUGCUAACGCUAACGCCAACACCUACGGUGCCGGCGCCUCCAACGCCAACGCUGACGCACACUCUACUGGAUACGGCGCGGCCAAGUCUGUUGCCAACGUGCACGGCGCCUACUACGGUGGCUCCAGGACCUCUGCUGACGCCCAGUCGCACGGCUUCGGUAACGCCGCAUCUUCCGCCAAGAGCCAGGGCCUGAACACCGCCUUCAGGGUCACCAACUCCCAGGCCAACUCCUCCGGCUACGGCUCCGCUCACGCCAACGCCCAGUCUCUCUAAGCAACCAGUUUGGUUCAAGUUUCGCGGCUCCGCGCCACGGCUACGCGCAGGAGUGGUGGCACUCGUUUCAUAGUAUAUAAGCGCGGAGAAAUGCUCUCACCGCAUCCACUCAUCCGUGUCCUCUCCACUGAUCUAAACAUGGCGGCUAAGUUCGUUGUAGCUGUGGCGGUGUUCGCCGUCUGCCACUCUAGCCCCGUCCUUAUAAACGAUGUACAUCGUGACGGACGAUCCUACUCCAUCGGUCAGGCGUACAACACCGGCAGCGGUGUGAGCACAGCUCAAGCUAAUGUACACGGAGACGUCGCCCAGGCCUUCGGAAGCUCCACUGGAGGCGCGCAGCUAGCCCGCGACGGAUUCUACUACCCCGGACAAUCGGUCGCCCAGGCGCAGACCUACAACAACCCUGCAAACCCUGGCUACGGCUCAUCAAACGCCGUCGCUCAAGCGCAGAACGGCCCUUACUACCCAGUGCCCGCACCCGCAACUCUUAUCACUUAUGAACAGAACUUCGCUGCCCCUGCCGUAGUAGAUUACGAGGUCCCCAGCGCCCUCACCGCACAGUCGUCCGCUGUCAGCAACGGUGCCUCUGACUCCUCCGUAGCAUCCGCUAACUCCAACGGCGCCGGCGUCGCUGAGUCUACCGCCAACACCCAGAGAGGUGCCGGCAGCUAUGGCUCCACCUCAUCCAACGCUAAGACUUACGGCUCCGGUUUCGGAGCUGCCAACUCUAACGCCAACUCCGGAUACGGUUCUACCAGCACUUCUGCCAAGUCUAGCGGUCAGGGCUCCGCAUCGUCCGUGGCUCAGUCUAACGGUUACCCCGUUGUCGCUCCUGUUGCCGUUGUGCCCGCUAGUCAGGUGUACCCCACCGUCAUCGAAGCUAAGACCCCCGUCUUUCACACCGCAUACGUCCCGUUCCCAGUUCAAGAAGUUGCCUCCUCAAACGCGAACGUGAUCGGCUCUGGAAGCGCUGCCUCCUCCGCAAAGGUGUCUCGUGGCAGGACCAUCUCCUGGCGUUUCGGCACCCUGUACGACGCCCCCGCCGCCGCCCACGCUCAGGCCAACACUUACUCCGGAUUCGGCGCCGCCAAGUCUGCCGCCAACACUCACGGCUACGGCUUUGCUAACGCUAACGCCAACACCUUCGGUGCCGGCGCCUCCAACGCAAACGCUGACGCACACUCUGCUGGAUACGGCGCGGCCAAGUCUGUUGCCAACGUGCACGGCGCCUACUACGGUGGCUCCAGGACCUCUGCUGACGCCCAGUCGCACGGCUUCGGUAACGCCGCGUCUUCCGCCAAGAGCCAGGGCCUGAACACCGCCUUCAGGGUCACCAACUCCCAGGCCAACUCCUCCGGCUACGGCUCCGCUCACGCCAACGCCCAGUCUCUCUAAGCAACCAGUUUGGUUCCAGUGCCAGAAGCACUCGUAAGCAACCACAUCACGACGACUCCCGGUUAACUCGACACUUGUCUUGAUGUAUUUGCAAGAAGCUCAAAUGCAUUUAUUAAUUGUAAGUUAUUUAUUUAUAUAAUUUACCGAAUUAUUUGUUGCCGUUGAACGUUGUUUCAGAAUGAAUACGAUAAAUUAAUAAAAAGCUUGAAAUACUGUAA